UACAGGACCCUUACAGCACCGGUACCAGGACCGUUUCAGCACCGGUACCACCAGCAUGUCGGGACGCGGGCAGACGCUGGACGACAAUAAGCCGAGACCGAUGAAGAUGCUGCCGGGCGGGUUCGGGCCCGGGUUCGGGUCCGGGUUCCGGUCUAAGGGCUUCGCCAUCACGGACCUGCUGGGCCUGGAGUCCGGUUCUGGUUCGGGCCCGGGUCUGGGCGGGUCUGGGCCGGACCUGCCGGGCCCCGGGCCCCCGCCCGCCGUGUCGGGGUUCCAGUUCCCCGCCGGGUCGCUGCCCCUCGGGCUGGGGUUCCUGUGCAGCCUGGCGGCCCAGCAGCCCCCGGGGGCGGGGAGCUGGGCCCUGCCCGGACACCUGCCGCUGCUGGGCCGGGCCGAGCCGGGACACUGGCCCGGGGGCCUGGAGGCCCGGGACCAGUACUCCGAUGACGAGUGUUUGUCGGACAGAAACGAGUCCAAAAGCUCCGGAAAUUCCCAGAAGAGGAAGAAGAGACGACACAGGACGGUGUUCACCUCCCACCAGCUGGAGGAGCUGGAGAAAGCUUUCCAGGAAGCUCAUUACCCCGACGUUUACGCCCGGGAGAUGCUGGCCAUGAAGACGGAGCUGCCGGAGGACCGGAUACAGGUCUGGUUCCAGAACCGCAGGGCCAAGUGGAGGAAGCGGGAGAAGUGCUGGGGCCGCAGCAGCGUCAUGGCGGAGUACGGCCUCUACGGGGCGAUGGUGCGACACUCGAUCCCGCUGCCGGAAUCCAUCCUGAACUCGGCCAAGAACGGCAUGAUGGGAUCCUGCGCCCCCUGGCUGCUCGGUGAGCCGCAUGCACGAAUGCACAAGAAGUCUCUGGAAAUGUCCAAGAAAUGUUCCAGCCCGCCGGCGUCGGACCCGGCCCGGGCCGACCCGUUCAGCAGCGAGGCCUCGGACCCGCGGCCCGGCGGCCCCGUUAGCGCCGUUAGCAUCGUUAGCGGCGUUAGCUCGGCCCCGGAGCCCGAGGAAGAGGACGAGGACGACGUGGAGGACGAGGAAGUCGCCAUCGACCUGUCCAGCUCCUCCAGGCAGGAAGGGGGCGGGGCCUCCAGGCAGGAAGGUGGCGGGGCCUCCAGGCAGGAGGGCGGGGCCUCCGCUAGGCCCGCCCCCUCGCCACACCGGCACAGCGGCAGCGAAUCAGACGAGCACAGCUGAGAGUGGGCGGAGUCUGAGGCGGCUCGGCCAAUGGGAGCGCAGCGCUGACGUCGGCCGCCGCUGUACAGAACUGAAAACUGUGUUAAAAGUUUAAUCAUCUCAAGUGUGACGUUGGCACUCAGAGCCGGCGCCGACCCGCUCCAGCCUCCAGAAAACCGGCCAAUCAGGACGCAGGGAAGCGCUCUUAAAGAGACGGCGUCCCGGAAAUCAGAGGCUGAAACGUCGGAGACAUUUGGAGUUUGUUGUACAUAAAACUGUUGUAAAUUGUUCCUUGCUGUUGGUCGUUGUGUGUUUGAAUUUCUGAUUGUUUCUAAAGUAAUAUUUAAAAGAGUGUUUAUUAUUAUUAUUAUUAUUAUUAUUAUUAUCACUAUUAUAUGUAUGAACAGGAAGCAGGAGAAUAAAAAACAAGUAUUUUUGGAGCCGUUUGGCCUUUUUUUGACCCGAGUCUUCGUCAACA